GUUGUCUCUGCCUUGUAGCGGUGUGACGUCAGAGGGAAAUUCCGGUGUGCAGGACACAAAGUGUGUCGUCACAUGUUCGAUUCCGCAGCUCGAGCUUCUCUUUUCUUCUUGUGGAUUAAAUGAUGUUUUUACAAAGUGUCGCUGCUGCACGCGACGAAGUGAAGAGACUCGAGUGCUCACCCUAACAGACCUCAGCUCCCGAGGGGCCCCGGGCCCUUUGCAGACACGAUGGCUGGAGAAGACCACUACCUUCAUUCUAACAAUCAGAUUUUCGACAACAUGAUUAUGGAUGCACCGUGGGAGUUUCAGCCCUACGCUGCCAUGUCUCAGACGACGUCCCUGAGAACAGCGGACGGACCGUUCCUGCAGAUCCUGGAGCAGCCGAAGCAGCGAGGCUUCAGGUUCAGAUACGGUUGUGAAGGUCCGUCUCACGGCGGUCUGCCAGGAGCGUCCAGCGAGAAGAACAGGAAGACCUACCCCACCGUCAAGAUCGGUAACUACCAGGGUCCAGCCCGGGUUGUGGUCCAGCUUGUGACGGCGCUCCCCACCCUCCCUCAGCUUCACGCUCACAGUCUGGUGGGAAAACAGUGUGACAAAGGAAUCUGCAUCACGGACCUGCAGCCCAAAGACUCCAGCAUCAGUUUCCCAAACCUGGGGAUUCUCCAUGUAACGAAGAAGAACGUGGCGAAGACUCUGGAGGAGAGGAUGAUCGAGGCGUUCAGGAUGGGAUACAACUGUGGCGUCUCCAUCCACCCAGAGAUUGAUGCCCUGCAGGGGGAGGUUCGAGUCCCCCGAGACCUCCACGAUCACCAGCGCAGUGUGAUCAGCAGUGCAGCGUCUCUACAGGCUAAAGAAAUGGACCUCAGUGUGGUGCGGCUCUUGUUCACGGCGUUCCUCCCCGACAGUGACGGAGGUUUCUCCAGACGACUGGAACCCGUCGUGUCUGAACCGAUCUACGACAGCAAGGCUCCGAACGCCUCCAACCUGAAGAUCGUGAGGAUGGAUCGAACCGCCGGCUGCGUGACGGGAGGAGAGGAGGUUUAUCUGCUGUGCGACAAAGUCCAGAAAGAUGACAUCCAGGUCCGGUUCUAUGAAGAAGACGACUCGGCGGUGACCUGGGAGGCUCUGGGAGAUUUCUCACCGACAGACGUCCACAGACAGUUCGCCAUCGUCUUCAAGACUCCGAAGUACCGAGACCAGAACCUGCAGAGGCCGACGUCCGUGUUCGUCCAGCUGAAGAGGAAGUCCGACAACGAGACCAGUGAACCCAAACCCUUCACCUACCACCCCCAGAUCAUCGACAAGGAGGAGGUGCAGAGGAAGAGGCAGAAGACUUUGCCCAACUUUCAGGACUUCAGCGGCCAUGGAGGAGGAGGAGGUCUGUACAGAGGAGGAGGUCCAGCAGCAGGAGGAGGCCCUGGCUCUGCAGGAGGAGGAGCAGGCGGUUUUAUCCAGGGUUUUACUACCUAUAACUAUGGAGGAGGAGGAGGAGGAGGAGGAGGAGGUUUCUCCACAGGAUACUCAGCUGGUCUGGCAGGAGGAGGAGGAGGAGGAGGAGGAGGAGGUUUCUCCACAGGAUACUCGGCUGGUCUGGGAGGAGGAGGAGGAGGAGGAGCAGCCAUCAAACACGCGUCUCAGAGCGGCACCGUGGACGACAGCGAUCCAGACGACGAUGACUCGGGGGCCGCGGUGCGAGCUUCAGCCCGGCCUGGAGGCGUGGAGGUGGGGGGGAGGACGGAGGAGGGGGGGGUCAGUGUGGAGCCAGAACCAGACACAGAUGAGCGGUGGGUCCAUGGGACCAGCCGACAGUUGGAGGCUCUCUUCCACUUCUCUGUAACAGGUGACCCAGUUUACCUGCUGGCUCCACAGCGCCCCCUGAUGGCAGCGCAGGACGAGGACGGGGACACCGGGCUCCAUCUGGCGGUCCUCCACAGCCAGCAGGCGGCGCUGAAGAGUCUGACCCAGGUGGUUUCUGCUCUGCCUGGAGAGGAAGUUCUCAACAUGAGGAACCACCUGUACCAGACUCCUUUGCACCUGGCGGUGAUCACGCAGCAGAGCGAGGCGGCCGAGGCGCUGCUAUUGGCCGGAGCCGACCCCACGCUGACCGAUCGCCACGGCAACACAGCUCUUCACCUGGCGGCACAGCAGGAAGGAGGAGGAGCUAUGGUCCAGUUUCUACUACAACACCAGGAAGUGAGAGGACUGAUGGAGCACAACAACACAGCAGGUCUGUGCCCGAUCCACCUGGCUGUUCUGGCCAAUCAGCUGUCUUCUCUCAGGGAGCUCCUGGAGGGCGGGGCCAACGUGGAGGCUCAGGAGCGCAGCUGUGGAAGGACCGCCCUCCACCUCGCCACGGAGGCCGACAACGUGUCGCUGGCCGGCUGCCUGCUGCUGGAGGGAAACGCAGACGUAGACUGCUGCACCUUUAAUGGCUCCACCCCCCUCCACACUGCUGCAGGGAGGGGCUCCGUCAAGCUCACAGCGCUCCUGGUGGCGGCAGGGGCCGACCCUCAUAAAGAGAACUAUGAGCCGCUGUUCUUCAGAGAGGACGAGUGUUGCCAUGACGACGCAGACGCAGACGAAGGCUACAUCCCAGGAACCACUCCGUUCAACAUGGCCGCCACCACCCAGGUGAUUGAGCUUCUCAACGGAAAAGAGUACGAAGCCAAAACUCCUCACGGAGCCGUGAGCCGACCACAAGGUGACCUGGCGAGCCUGGAUGUGGGGGUGAAGCAGGAAGUGUGUUGUGCCCUGGAGAGUGAAGGAUGCUGGGAGAAGCUGGCUCACAGUCUGGGCCUUGGGAUCCUAAACACGGCGUUCAGACUGAGCCCCUCCCCCGCCAAGACACUGCUGGACAGCUACGAGGUUUCGGGGGGGACGGUCAGUGACCUGUUGGCUGGUCUGAGGUCAGUGGGAGAGUGCAGAGCGCUGAGCAUCCUGGAGGAGGCGCUGCGUCGCUCUGAGGAAACGUCGACGAGCGUCGAGUCUCGGGUGAAGGCGGACGUUCGGAUUGACAGCGGCGUCUGUGACAGCGGGGUGGAGCUUUCCACAGCGUAAGGACCUGAUUGGUCCGUCUCCAGCUGCUUCAUCAGAAGAAGCACAAUCAUCAUCAUUCACGACGUCUCCAGGAAUGAAGGUUUCUCACCAAGGUUUUAAAUGAAAUGUGUGAAAACGUCGACGGCUGAUUCUUGUUUCUCAGAAAGAAAAAGUAAAUAUUCUUCCUGCGCCUCAAACAGUCGGUUUAGAGGAAUUCACCGAAACCUUCCAGGAGACUUUGAAUUCUCUUUCUGAUUCCUGCUCUGCUGACGGGACCUUUUCUGUCCAGACGUCUGCAGCAGUGGCGGCUGGUGAUAAAAUGUAUUUUAGGUCUCGCACCCACGUGGUUGUCCACUGUACCUCCGUGCCGACACUCUGAAACAUCAAACAGGUGAAGCAAUGAGACAAAACCCCAACUCCAGUUAUCGUCUCUGUUUCUCAGAACAAGAGCAGGAGAAGCUCCGGGGGUUUAAAACUCGUCUUCAUCACUUGCUGCUGAAUCUGUAAAUCAGGUUGGACCAAGAUCCUUCAUCCUCUUUUUGUAAAGAAAGAGAGAGAGCUGCAACAACCAAUCAAAGAGCAGCCUCAGGUCACAUGGUUAACAGAAGUAUCAGGACCCACAUUCACAUCCUCUUGUCCGGCACCAGGAAGUAAAUGUAUUUAGACAGAAAUGAACCAAAGACAGUUUAAAAACAAUUUAUAUUGAAUAAUCACCGGUGCUGACGGUCGACCGGGGGCAUUGUACCAGUAAAAUAUUAUAUAAUUAUGUUAAACAUUAUUAUUCAGGCUUCUUGCCUCAGGACGUUGGAGGGGGCGGAGCCCAGCGCCCGUAUUAACCAGCCGCCACUGGUCUGCAGAGAGAUUGGUGCUUCAGACGCACAUGAUUGUAAAGUUCAGAUGUUUUUUUUUAUGUGUUAAAUCAACUGUGUCACUCCCUGAACGUCUGUUCUCUGUGACUCUGCUGAGUGGGUUCCAUCUCCUGAGAAGAACUGACUGAGAGUCAGCUUCAACUGUCACAACCAGCUCCACUUGAAGAGUGAAGUUGAACUGAGAUCAGCUCCAAUAUUCAGCAGGAAACUGUUAAAACACGAGCUCGACUCAACAAUUGAGACAUUUGCAUGAAACCACCUGGACACUCAGAACAGAGGUAAUCACCACAUGUGGCUGCAGGGGGCGCUGUUGAUUUAAUUUCACAUUUAUAAUGAAAACAUCUGAACCCAUUUUCUUUUGUCUCGUCACUGAAACGUAAACAUGAACUUAAGGGACUUUAGUUUUUGCUCGAACCAAAGAGAACUUCCAAUGCAUUGUGGGAAAGGUAGUUUAACAGAUGCUAUUUAUCUUCUGAGCUCUGCACACUUCAACGUGAGCUUUUCAUUGGUUGUCUGUUUUUUUAAAUAAAACUUGUUUUUUAUAUAAUU